AUGUUGAACUGCCCUGCCUCUAACGUGUCUAUGUUGAACUACCCUGCCUCUAACGUGCCUACGUUGAACUGCCCUGCCUCUAACGUGUCUAUGUUGAACUACCCUGUCUCUAACGUGUCUAUGUUGAACUGCCCUGCCUCUAACGUGUCUAUGUUGAACUACCCUGCCUCUAACGUGCCUACGUUGAACUGCCCUGCCUCUAACGUGUCUAUGUUGAACUACCCUGUCUCUAACGUGUCUAUGUUGAACUGCCCUGCCUCUAACGUGUCUAUGUUUAACUGCCCUGCCUCUAAAGUGCCUAUGUUGAACUGCCCUGCCUCUAAAUUGUCUAUGUUGAACUGCCCUGCCUCUAAAGUGUCUAUGUUGAACUGCCCUGUCUCUAGCGUGUCUAUGUUGAACUGCCCUGCCUCUAAAGUGCCUAUGUUGAACUGCCCUGCCUCUAAAGUGCCUAUGUUGAACUUCUCUCAUAAUGUAAGCAAGCCUAUAGUGAACUGCUCUAAUAACCAGGCAUAUGUUGAACCUCUCUUACACUGA